AUGAUGACGGAUCGCGCCCUGGGCACGCUGUUGCUGGCCUGCAACUCGAGCUUUUUUGUCUACUACGUUCUCUGGAUUGGUGUGAUGCCGUUCGUGGACGAGUCGCACUUCACACAGGCCCUCUUUCCUCCCCGCGAGUACGGUCUGCUCCUCGCGGCGCUCAUGAUGACGGCAGCUGUCGGGAUUGCCAUGUUGGUGGGCUCUCUUCACACAAUCUGGCGGACCGGCUACGUGCCGCCGCCGACGAAAACUGCAGCAAUGACCAGGGUAAACCUAUUAGCAGCAUCCGCAGUAGCGUCCACCACAGAUGGAGUGGUGCCAGAGGUUCUCAUCGCGGCCAAGUGA